AUGAUGUUCGUUCAACAUUUGAUCGACUGCAAUGCUUCCAACUACGGGUGCUCGGGUGGAAACAAAUUGAAGGCCUACGAUUACAUAAUCCAAAACGGAGGUCUAAACACCAAACAAAAUUACCCAUACCGGGGUAUCAAAGGAACAUAUGACGCUAUUAAGGAAAGAGGAGAUGGUCUCAAUAUCGAUACCUAUGCAAUAAUGACAUCAAGAAUUGAAGACAAGCUGGCCUAUGCUAUCUACGAACAGCCAAUGGUGGUCGGUGUCGAUGCCCACAGCUCCAAAUUUGAAAAAUACAAAGGGUGUAGGGGGAUUUAUGAAAUUGUUGAAAAUGACGGCACUCCUGGCAAUCAUUGUGGCAUUGUGCUAGAUGCUAGCUAUCCUGCGCUCUACGAGGAUUAUGAUGAUUAA